AUGAGCUCCAAACCCACCCAAGAAGAUCAUGUCAGCGCAGACGAAGAAAUUGAAGAGUAUAUAAUGGUGGAGUCGAAGGAUCUCCGCUCUGUCUCCGAGCUCCAGGCAUGGCUAGAACCGACAGACUAUUUGUCCCCUGGCAAUGAGUACAUGAAGCACAUACAUUCGCACGUGCCCGGGACCGGUGGCUGGUUGCGUGCUUCUAAAACUUUUCAAGGUUGGAAGCGCCCAGCUUCCCAAGAUGCGACGGCUCGCAACAACUGCCUUUGGAUCAAAGGUGUACCAGGGUCUGGAAAGUCGGUUUUUUCAGCAUCAACCGCAAAGCAGCUUCAUGACGACGGGAACAUAGUGCUAUACUUUUUCUUCCGACAGAUUGUUGCAACGAACCACGACCCGAAGUACCUAGUUCGAGACUGGUUAGCACAGCUACUACCUCAUACCCGGUGGCUACAUCGUCGACUGGAUGAGCUUUCAAGGUCUAACACCGGCAUCAGCAAGAACUUGGCGACUCUGUGGGAUGUAUUAAUUCAGGCUUUGCUUCGUAUCGACAAACCAGUAUAUUGCAUAGCAGACGGCCUCGACGAGAUGGACGAUACACACGCCAACUUCACGGAACAGUUAAAAACCCUGGGCACCACCGACCCCCUUUUCAACGUCAAGCUUCUCCUGACUUCGAGACCGAUUCCGCGAAUCGAGGAAAGCCUGCGAGAUCACACGAUAAUUGGCAUCAAGCUGGAUCCUACUAUGCUAUACUCGGACAUUACUCACUACGUGGAAGUACGAUUGGAUACCCUGGAGCCUAAGUUGGGUGUCGCCAAGUACCAAGAAGUUAAAGAGGCGAUCUGCGAGCGAGCGAAGGGGUUGUUCCUCCAUGCGAGAUUGAUGACGGACAAUUUGAUCACUGGCCUGCGCGAAGGCACUAUCGUAGAAGAGACCUUACCAACAAGCUUAGAACGCCUACCGCGAAACCUCAAGGAGCUCUACACAGAGAUGCUGGCUGAACACUCGCGCCGCUCUGGAAUCACGCAGGACCAACAAUUCAUGAUCUUACAGUGUGUCGUUCACUCGUCUCGGCCUUUGAGGUUGAUCGAGCUGGGAAGCUUGAUCAUGAUGCUCCGCUCAGAUACCGGGAUGGGUCUCAAGGAAGGCAAGAGUCUGGUGAGGCAGAGCUGUGGACGUCUUCUGGAGAUUCUGGAGGAUGAGAGCGUGAGUGUCAUCCACCAUUCUUUCACGGAGUUCUUGCGAGAUACAGUAAGAGACGAUGGACACGGAACCUUCCCUAAACUGGACAAGGGGAAAGCACACGCAAUGCUCGUAAACAUUGCACUAAAAUACCUUGACAAGUGCGAGGUACCCGAAAACGCAUUGUGGGUAAACCCUGAGGAUUGCGACGAGGUCACCAGCGAAGAGGAAGAUGAGGAAUUCGACCCGUACGACCACUUCGAUGAGUUAGACACCAGAGACGGCCGUUCGGAAGAAGACAACCGGAAAACAGCUAUCGUUGAAGCUCUACGUCUCAAAUACCCACUCCUUGACUACGUUACCGGGAAUCUCAGUCACCAUAUAACGAAAGCGGAUCAGAACGACAUGAGCACGUACUCAAUCCUCGAUGACAUAUUCCAGCCUAGCCGGCCCGCUUUCACUAUCUGGCUUCUCAUGCAGUGGAAAAGUUACCGUCCAGCAAAUGUCACACCGUUACACGUGGCAGGCUAUCUAAACUGGCAUUCCUACGCCAGGCACCUGAUCUCGAAAGGUGUUCCCGUAGACCGAAAAGAUGCUGAAGAACGCACGGCUCUAUCAUAUGCCGCGGAAGAAGGACACGUAAAUGUAAUGAAUUUGCUACUGCAGCAUGGAGCCGAGCCAGAUUCGGACGAUCGAUAUGGACUCAAACCACUGCAUUACUCGGCGCAGGAGGGUAAAACGGAAGUAGUAAGACUGCUUCUUGCUCGAGGCGUGAGUCCCAUCACUCUGAAGACAAAAACCACACCAGAGUGGAUAGCUGAGCAGUUUGGUUCUGAUGAGGGCGAGACUCCGCUGGAGUACGCCUGUCAACAUGGGCACACAGAUAUCAUAAAAGAAUUCUUGCCACUAGUCGAUCAAGAGUGGAGGCAGAAAGCAUUUGGCUGGGUAAGAAAUGUCGAGAACGUUGAGGCUGUCCUGCAGGCAGGCGACAUCUCUAUUAACCAGGGUGACGGCCUACGAACUAGACUCUACCAAGCUGCAUCCGACUUCCAAGUCGACAUCGUCAGAGUUCUUCUGAAGCACGGUGCUGAUCCAAACGCGCGCAGCCGUAUCAAGCGCGAUAAUACAGGAAGUCAUAGUGCCGGCUGGCCCAGUCCUGACGGGAAUACCUAUCUGGAUGGGCCAACCCCGUUGCAUGGAUGGGCAAAUUAUGAUUACUGGAAUCGAUCAUAUGACGGACAUGGAAAGGCCUCUGAGUGCUUCCAGCUGCUCCUUGAGUCUGGCAGCGAUAUUCAUGCCGAAGACGGAGAUGGAUGGACGCCUCUACACUGUGCGUGCAAAGUGCAAGAAGAUAGCAUGUUGGGAUCUUGGUUCGACGAUGCCAAAGACCAUCUGGUGAAAACGCUAUUGGAGGCAGGUGCCAACCCGAAUGUGCAGAUGCGUCAUGGUUCGACACCUCUCCAUAUUACUUCGCGACCGGAAGUUAUUAACAUGCUCGUCGAGCAUGGUGCAGACGCAAACAUCACUGACAAUCACGGCCAUACUCCUCUGAUGGCCUAUCUAGCACCAGGUGCUGAGAAGAAGAAGUCAGCUACGUUUGAAAAGCUGCUUCAGAUCAGUGCUCAGCCGACUCAGCGACAGAAGGGAGGUGAUACACCUGUACAUGGGUUAAUGCGCUGCCUACCCAAAUUAGCUGAUCCAGUCUUAUUCCAAGCGCUCAUCAAAGCAGGCCUGGAUGUCAACACGAGGAAUACUCAGGGUAUGCCGCCUUUGCUUGUGAUGGAGGAAAACGACUACGCAGAUAGCUGGAAAGACGACGAGCAGAGUUGCCAGACCUACGAAGCAGUCUUCAGGACGCUCAAAGACGCAGGCAUGGACAUGAGUAUCACGGACCCUGCAGGACGAACCAUCCUGCAUGUGCUGAUCGGACGGUACAAAAGGAAAGUCUCAACCUUACAACGCUUCAUCGAGUUCGGCUGUGAUCCGCAUGCGCGCGAUCACAAUGGUGCAACGAUGCUUCACUACGUCAUUCGGAAGAGCGAGUCAACUCACGAAAUGAUCGAUCUGUUCGUCAAUUACGGUGUUGACCCGCGAGCAGUCGACCACGAAGGCAACUCUCUGAUGCAUGAACUAGCGCGCGCUUCGAUCUCUUUCUUUCCUAAAUUUGUCGAAAAAUUACGAAAGUUGCGAGAUCUCGGUGUGCCUACCGAUACGGCGAACAGAGCUGCACGUACACCGUUCCAUUUCAUCUGUGCUGAGUGGAGACAAAGCGGACAAUACAAGACUCAUAUCGAAGCCUUCUUGAAAGACGAAAUCAUACCACGCAGCAAUAUAAACGCGGUAGAUCACAGCGGUGCCACGCCUCUUCACUACGCCGCGAUCGCCUGCGAAGUACACGUGAAGCAGCUGCUGGAUGCCGGCGCCGAUCCAGAGGUGCUCACUUACGAAGGCCUUUCUCCUCUGCACCUUGCGGCAAGAGCACGCCAGCCAAACAUCGUGGGACAGCUGCUGCAAGAGUACAAGACACGUGGAGUACUGGAGCACUAUGUCCAUCUGAAGCACGUCGCUUGGCCGCACUGGACUGCUCUGCACUACGCAUGCAGUUCGGGUAGACCGGAAAGCGUCCGCUAUCUACUCGAGGCUGGAGCAGAUCCGGAUGCCCUUGAUAUACGGGGGUUAUCGCCGGUGCAUGUUGUGGCCGAGUUCGAGCAAGACCGUGAUCCCAAAAGAGAGCACAUGGGACGUGCCGAAUCACGCUUUGGAGUUGGCAACCGAACGAUGGGCGUAAGAUUGAAGGAUCAUCCAGGAUAUGGCUAUGUCGGCGAUGUGCAUAGUAAGAAAACCGAACGCACUUCGGACAUCAUCGAGAUGCUGGCUCGCGCAGGUGCUCAGCUGGAUUACGAACGUCCAAAGGAGAAAAGACUAGGGGAACGAGACAGGAUGACUCCAAUGGAUCUAGCUGUUGAGAACGGUUGCACUGAGAUGGUGAUUGAGCUUCGUAAAAGAGGGUACUCUUCUUGCGAUCCUUUGGGUGAGAAUAUAGUGGGGCGCUGUCUGGGCACUCAGGAGGCUGAAGUGCUGUUGCAAAUCCCCGACACCGACGAUGCAAACGUCAAUUCUAGACAGCGAGAUGGUCCACCUCGUUUCAGCAUGUCUGCCAAAGAGAAGAUUGAACGCGUCCUGAAGCUCGCUGCUUACGAUUUGCUCCACGAAUUGAUCAGCAAGAGCGAAGAACUGCGUGUCGAAGCCCUACAUGUACUCGCGAGUUGGGGGCACGCUUUCCUGCUGGAAGAGCUCCUCGAUGGGAUGGAAGAUGUGGACCACAAGACUACACGAGACAGCCAAUACGGUAUUGAGUCUCUCCUCGGCACAGCAUGUUCAGUCGAGCUACCAAACCUUGAGGUCAUCAAAGUGCUCCUCGAGAAGGGGAAAGUCAAUGUCAAUGCACAAUUCCGACAACAAUCUGUCCUGCACGUAUUGGCCGAAGGACGAAAUUUCUGGCACAUCGAAGCGCUGGACUACGUCCUGUCGCAGAGUGCUGAGAUCGAUUUGGUUGUCAAGAAUGGAAUGACUCCACUCCUCACCGCUGCUUCUUCCGAGUUCGGUAUCUGGAAGGGCAGGACAGUAGCGACGCUUCUUAGACACGGAGCUGACCCAAGCAAACUCAGCGCGGAGGGAAAGUCGGUGUUGCACUUUGCAGAAACCGCCGAUGACGUCCGUCUUUUGAUCGAACAUGGUGCGGACCUUACGCUGGGGACUUCGUCGCCGUUACUAUUCGCUAUACAGCAUCGGCGCGUGGACGUUGUUGGCGCGUUAUUGCAGGCAGGAGCGAAUCCGAAUGCUCUCUCUAUGACUUCUUUUACUCAUGGUCAAGAUUUCACUGCGUGCUAUCCGCUUCACGAGGCUGCUAAAAGAAAGGACCCCUACAGCGUCGAGGUGGUAGAAACAGUCCUGAAAAAGAAAGAACAGAUAGUCAAUGCGCUUCUCAAGCACAGUGCUGAUCCCAUGGCCACGUAUGAGGACGGCGCUACGGUACUCCAAAUGAUAAUCGAGGACCACGGACUUGCUGAACCACUACUUGCUUCAUCAACGCUAGAUCUAGAGAAAAAGGGCAGAGGUGGUCGCACGCCCAUCAUAUCGUCUUGCUAUCCGAAGAAAGUUGACCCCACAUAUCCAUGGCAAAAGCAAGAUGAACCAGCUUACUCCAUCUUUCCAAAAAUGGCGAAGAUGCUCAUCGAGAAAUCUGAUCCUUGCGCCAUCGACAACGAAGGGCGCACAGCGCUACACUGGCUCUGUACCCUCCCCCUGGAAUUCGACUCCGCAUCCCGCGACGUAUUCAACCUACUCACAGAAAGGGCUCCCUCUCUAAUUCACCUCCACGAUCUCAACGGCUGCACUCCCUUCAGCCUCGCCGUCACCGCAAACCAGACAUGGGCAAUCGACACGUUACUCACCCUUGGUGUCCAUCCGACAUCCGCAGACCCAGAUGGCAACACCGCGCUGCACAUCCUCGCCCCACGGAUGUUCGGCCAAAAGCCCGACGCAGACGCAGCAUCCCAGCGCUUCACGCACUUCCUCUCUCUGGGCGCGAACAUCAACGCACGCAACAAAGUCGGCUCAACGCCCCUUUCACUUUUCAUCUCAAAAUCUUACGUCCCGGCCUUCGACUCAGGAGGCCGCCAACUUCCCUCCACCUACAAAUUCGAAACACACUCCACACACACAUCUUACCUCCCUAUCUUCCUCUCCGCCGGCGCCGACCUCUUCACCGUCAACGACAAGGGCGAAGGCCUUCUUCACCUAACGGCCAGCCGAGCAGAUAGCUCAGGCUACAACUCGGACCAUAAGCACGAGAUCACCGCGACGUUCAAAGCGCUGCUAGAGAAAGGUCUAGAUCCUCGACUUGAAGACGGGGAAUGCCGCACAUCCAUCGACGUUGCCAUUGCGAGGGGAAAUAAAGACAUCGUAGCGCUCUUCAGGGACGAUGAUAAAGCUUGA